UUAUCAUUUUCUGUCGUAAAAAAAUAUAAUUGAAAUCGACGUUAUCUAAGCGAUACACGUUAUUAAUUUGGCUAUUCCUACACUUAAUUGAAGGCAAUUUAUUAAAGCGAAAUAUUUGCUGUACCCGAGAGGUUAUCAUACAGAACCGAUAUGGGUGGAUCCAAAAGUAUAUUAUCACAAGAGCAAUUGGACGAAUAUGUUGAACUUACAUAUCUAACAAAAUCGGAAGUUCUGUACAUUCUUCAAAAGUUCCUGAAAAUUCAAAAUGAGAAACAAAUUCCGAAUAAUUUAUAUUAUCGGCAUGAUAUCAUAGAUAUCACACGAGAAUUUCCACAGUAUGAAUUCAACCCAUUUUGUGAUCGCAUUUUCCAUGUGUUUUCAUCUCAAAAAGACGGUCGAGUGUCUUUCGAGGAUUUUCUUGAUCUCUGUUCAGUUAUGUCUUUAAACUGCCCACUGGCAGUGAAGGCUGCGUGGGCAUUUAAGGUAUUCGAUUUUGAUGACGACAACGAUAUAACGAAAUUCGAUUUAAUUGACAUUCUGGACAGACUGACCUUAGGCUCUGAACUCGCGGUUGAUGAGAAAAGUCAGAUUUGUGAUAUUUUGCUUCAAGAAAUCGACUUGCAACACACUGGAGGUAUGAGUCAACUUGAAUUUUCACAUGCAAUCACUAAAAUGCCAGAGUUUGCGACUACAUUUUCAUGUCGAUUGUAAAGUUUUGUUUUUGAAGUGUAUUUAUAAUUCCAAUUUCAGCCAAUAAAAUUCAGCCAAUUUCUUUGU